CUGGUGGAGGUGAUAUAGAGCCACUCUGAAGCCUCUGCACAAAUCAUGCUUCUGUGUGUCUCCGGGCAGAAUUGUGUCUUUGUUUAAAAGCUGGAGACCUCCUGGUGAGAAUAUGACUUUUUGGGGGCAAGCAGGGAAACUCUCCAAGGGAAUGAAACGAGAAGCAUGGGCAGCACAAUAUGAAAGGCCACACUGUCGGUGGUCUGCAUUUAUCACAGCUUAGCAGCACCAGUUCCUCUCUCUCUCCCCAGUCUCCUCUUAACACUCUCCAAUGGUCCUUUCUAAUCUCUUCACCAGUCCUCUCCACUGUACUCAGCAUCAAGCCGGUGCUCUUUUCCUCCUCUUGUCUGACUUCAUUUUCUUGCAAGAAAAUGAACAGUGCAUUUCGAAUAAUGAUUACCUCAAUCAAAAGCUAACAGUGUGUCAGCAUGCAUCGGACAUCUCGGUGUCCUCAGAGUCGGUCCGGCAGCUGGCUGAUCAGUUUCUGAUCCACCUGAACUGGUUCAGCAGCCAGACCAGGAGGCUGCUGCUGGUCCAGGACCUGGUGGACUCUCUUAAGCUGGCUGCAGCCAUGUGGGUGAUGACGUACGUUGGCGCUGUGUUUAAUGGAGUCACCAUCCUGAUUCUUGCUGACAUCAUCUUCACCACCCCACUGAUCUACCAGAAGAAGAAGGUGGGGACUUGUCUUACGGUGGGGACCUAAAAUGAGGUCCCCAUGGGUGGCAACACCGUUUUCUUGGCCAUAUUGUUGUUAAUAAAAAAUGUAAAAGUGCAAAAACGUUUGUUUAGGGUUAGGCAUUGAUUUGGUGAUGGUUAGGGUUAGGGUAAGGGUUAGGAGUUAGAUAUGAAUGGGAGUCAAUGGUAAGUCCCCACCGGUAUAGAAAAACAAACGUGUGUUUGUGUUUGUGUGUGUGUGUGUGUGUGUGUGUGUGUGUGUGUGUGUGUGUGUGUGUGUGUGU